UCUUGGAGAGAGGAACACGCACACAUACUCUUACUGAUUGGCUCUCUGUCACACAGACUCUGGAAUGGAUUUGCCCUGAGCUGACUGCGCACUGCAGGUUAACCAGCAUCAGAAUGCCCAUCUUCAAGAAACUGCCCAGGAGGUUCCUAAGUAACCACACCAAUGGUGAUCUUAUCCAAAAGAGUAACCUUACAAACGGUGAACUCACCCUAAAAAGUAACCAUAGCAAUGGGGAACUCAUUCUGCCACCAUCUGAUCUCAAUCCGUUUGAGGGGGCAUGGGCAGGUAUGGGGUGGAGUAAGGAAGAUGGUGGGGUUUGGGAGAAUGGACAGGACUACCAAACAUCACCUCAGGUGAGUGAGGCACUGGAGAAUGAGGCAAACACAGAGCAGCUUGGAGGCUCAAAGGUCACUGAGGGAUCAAAAGAAAAGAGAGGAACUCUGGAACGAAUUUGUGGCUCAUCACCAUUGAAGACCCUUGGGAAGUUAGGAAAGGGGCUUCGUAUGACUGGAAGAAAUGUGUGGGGCGCUACGCCUUCACUACGGAGUGCCACCCUCCCAGCAACACCCUCCUCAGGAAAGAAAAAAAAUUAUCGACGAGCCUCAGAGGAGAUCAUGACCUUACUGAGGCUGGCAGGUCGUCGUAAGGAGAGUGAACGCAGAGAUAGUCUGCCUGCAGGGGAUCUGACUGCUGAAAAUGACGAAGACACUCGAAGACAGCCCUCAUUCCUACGUAUUGUCAGUCUGAGCAAGCUCAGAGGAGACUCAUUAACAAACCGCAGCUCCCAGGAGGACGAGCAAGAGAUUGUAGAGGAAGAACAGCCAGUCAAACGCAGGGAGCCACUUUCAGUGCUGGAGAUCCUGCAGUUAGUCAACCAGAGAGACCUGCUGCUUGCAGACACACACAUCCAAGAGCUGGAGAGGGAGUGUGAACUUGAUCCCUCCUUCUUGACCCAAACCACACCCAGCAAUAUAACUCCUCCCACACUGACUUCGCCUCCCUGGCUCCCUUUUUUGGCCGGUUUGGGCAAUGAGGAUUCUGGUCCAAGCAUGUGGGAUGCUGGUCUGCGUAAAGUGAAAGAUGUAGAGCUGCUUUACGAGGCCCUUCAGAGAGAGAUGUGGGAUGUGGUGAGAGAGUCGCUACGUCAGCCCUGCACCGGGCCGCAGCUUGGCCUUGUGGUGUUGGUCAUACAACAGGAGGAGCAGGCUGACAAGGUCUGGGCCCUACACCAAGAGGCCCAGUCCAACUUCCAAGCUGGUGACUAUUCCGAAGACCGUUCUGUCUUGCAUGAGGGUGCACGACCCUCAAAGAGACCCAGGAAGCUGCGUCAAAGAUGGGUGGAGGCUGUCGGAGAGGCAGCAGACUGGUGUCUUCCUCAUCCAGGGGGCAUCGCUGCUGGGCAGAUGAGCAUGUAUUUGGAGCGUUUGCGGGGCAGGGUGGUGGAGGAUAUGGAUGCAGCACGUCGAAAUGUGGUGGCUGUUUAUCCCGAGGAGUUCUGCGUGUUUCAGGUCUACAUGCAGAGUUAUCACAGGGCUGUUGCCAAGAGACUGAAGACCAUCACUAGUGGACCCAUUCAGAUCACUGACACAUACUCACUGCUGGACUGGAUCUACAACAUUUACAACAGGGACAUCUUGGCUACAGUUGGAGCAAUGGGCACCGUAGUUUGUGAAGCUUUAGAUCCUCUUCUUCCUGAAGAUGUCAUAGACCGGCUGGAAGAGGGCUGCGUUGACACUGUUUGGGAGAAGGUGACUACAGAGCUCUCUCAGGUUUUGGAUGAUGAAGAGAAGCGAUGGGCUCAGACGCUGCACAUUGAAGAGUAUCAGUCUGGCCUUGCUCGUUCUAUUAUACAGAGGCUGAAGGUAGAUUUGGACAGAUCAACAGCUGUCAGCCAGCCACUAGGGGCUCGUAUUGCUCGCUGCACCUUGAAUGGACUUGCAGAUUUCUUGUACAGUUUCCAGAGAAAAGUUGAGAUGUUCCACGACACACAGUCAGAGUUCGGGGAUCAUGGGGAUGGAUAUGUCUCCAGGACGAUCGCUCUUGUCAACUGUGUUCCACCAUUCAGGAGUUUUGUGGAGCGCUGUCGUCUGUGUGACACUCUUGGCAGUGAGGACGUCUCCCAGCGAGCUCAUUCCUCUCUGGAGAGAAUUGUCAACCAGUCAGUACGAGUUCUCACUGACAUACUGUUUGAACACAUCAGGCCAUUCUUUGAUAAGCUGGUGAAAAGGAAGUGGCUGGAUAACACUGAGGCCUAUGAGAGCAUUGAGGCAACCAUUAAACAGCACUUUAAAAAAUUCCGCAGAAUGGACUGCCCUCCUUAUCAGACAUUGGUGAAUGAGGUGCACAGGCGGGUACUGGUUGAAUAUGUUCGUGCCAUCAUGAGGGGGCGGAUCAUCUGUACGUCACUCAAAAUGAGGAAGAGAGUAGCAUUCCGGCUGCAGGAUGAGGCCAAACAGCUGAAGACUCUUUUUGAGGAUCUGGAGUCAACUGCCUCCUGGAUAGACAGUGUGAUUAUUCAUCUGGCUGACAUCAUAGUUUUGGAGGACACUCCCUCGAUUCAGAUGGAAGUUGGGGUUUUAGUGAAGGAGUUUCCAGAUAUACGGAGGAGACAUAUCUCUGCUGUGUUGAAUGUCCGUGGGAUGGUGCAUCAGACAGAUCGUCAGGAGAUUCUGGCUGUUGUCCGCGACUUAGAGACUAGUGACAGCUCCAUUAAUCUGCCCAGAGAUCACGCCCUGUUCUCUGAAAUUGCAGUGGCCAAAGACAUGCCCUGUCUGGGGCUGGUUCUGAUCCGGUGCGCUCUGACUGUGUCAUCAUGGGUCGCCAGUGCCCGACCGCACCGUAAACGCAGCACAAGGAACCGGAAUGAAAAACAUGCAAACAGCAGACUGCAGUCAAACUGUACAAAGCGUUUUACUGAGUCUUAAACAUAAUGACAUGCAACAUACAGUGACUGCAAUGCAGAGCAUCUUAAACAACAUAAAUAAGCAACAUCACAACACAUACAACACAGUCAGAUCAGUGGAACAAUGAGCACACAACACCAAAAGACUGCAGGUUUGUGGUUACAACAAAAUAAGUUGGCACAAGAUGCAAAUCUUUUGCUCAUUCUGUUGUUAGUCAUAUGUUUGUCACAAACUAGGUCAAUGUGGACAGAACAUGGUGGCCAAAAGGGAGAAUAAGAUGAGUUUAUGGCAGUAAAAGUAAAAUCACAAUGCUUGUCCUUCAGAACACAGCUGCAGCCAAAUAAGUGACUUCAAAAGACAGGAAAAAGGCUAUAAUUCUUUUAAACAGGCUGUUAGUGGCUGAUUUGUUUUGACUAGCUGGAUCUCUGUCAUGUGAGCAGCCAGAAGAUUUGAGAGGAAUGGCAGGAACCUCCCCUCAGGAGAGUUUGAACAUGAAGAAAUUGAGAAUGUCAGUUUUUACUCAUUUAAGAUUGACUCUAAAUUACAUUAUAGAGCAGAGGCAUGUACAGUAUAUGAUGUUAUCAGAACACCAGGUACAGUCAUACAAUUCAUAUACAAUUUUGGAAUUUCUUGUUAUAUUGAGAAGAGCAAUCAUUUAAAUGGUUUAAACAUUGUUGGUCUGUUUCAUUUAAAAAACACGAAUCUUCUUUUUUGUACCAAUGUUCAGGAUUCUCUCAGAUUUGUGCUAUUGAGAUUAUUGAAAAAAUCAAACACUGAAAAUUAAUGUUUGUGAUAUUGUUUCAGUUCAGAUAAAAAAAUAAAGACACAUUGACUGUGAAAUUAAGUAAAAAUGUAUUAAAAGUAGAAAAGUUUCUUUUUAAUAUUAUUUUA